GCAGAGGGAAGAUGGCGGCGCGGUGGAGCAGUGGGAAUGUGGUGGUUGAGUUCAGAGACGCGCAGGCGACUGCCAUGUCAGUGGACUGUCUAGGAGAACACGCUGUGCUCUCUGGCCGUCGCUUCCUGUACAUGGUGAACCUGGAGAGUCCUACAGAGACCCAGAGGAAAAUUGGGCGUCAGAGCAAAUGGGACGUGGGGACAGUGCAGUGGAACCCCCACAAAUCAGAGGCCCACAUCUUCGCUGCUUCGAGUAACCAACGCGUGGAUCUGUAUUCCUGGAGAGAUGGUUGUGGAGAAGUGCACACGUCGUUACAGGGACACACAAGAGUCAUCAGUGAUUUGGACUGGUCUUGGUUUGAACCUGAGCUGUUGGUUACUAGCUCAGUUGACACUUUCAUCUACAUUUGGGACACAAGAGACACUCGGAAACCAACUGUUGCUCUGUCUGCAGUCGCCGGGGCAUCUCAAGUGAAGUGGAACCGGAAGAAUCAGUAUUAUUUAGCUUCAAGUCACGAUGGAGAUGUUCGGAUCUGGGACAAAAGGAAACCAAACACAGCCAUAGAGUACGUUGCUGCUCAUUUGUCAAAGAUCCACGGCCUUGACUGGCAUCCGGAUAAUGAGUUUAUCUUUGCCACAUCCAGCCAAGACAACUCAGUCAGGUUUUGGGAUUACCGACAGCCGAGGAAGUACCUGAACAUUUUGUCAUGUCAAGUGCCAGUGUGGAAGGCCAGAUACACACCCUUUUCAAACGGACUGGUAACAGUGAUGGUGCCACAGCUCCGCAGAGAGAACAGCCUCCUCCUGUGGAGCACUUUGGAGCUGAACAACCCUGUGCACGCGUUUGUGGGACACGACGACGUAGUGCUGGAGUUUCAAUGGAGGCCACAGAAAGAAGGUGCUAAGGAUCAUCAGCUGGUCACGUGGUCCAGAGAUCAGACUUUGAGGAUUUGGAGAGUGGACCCGCAGCUUCAGAGGCUGUGUGUGAGUGAUGUGGAUGACCUGAUGGAGGACCUGGCUCUGGCUCCAGAGAAACGUUUGUCUCCAGAGCCAGGGGCUCCUCACAGCUCCGGGCCUCUUUCAGACAGCACUCUCGAUGCAGACGACCCAAUGUCUUCUGGCUCUAAACUGGACUCUGCUGCUGUGGGCGCAGGGCUGCCUCAAACUCUACAACAGGAGUUCUCUCUGGUCAAUCUACAAAUCAGAAACGUCAAUGUUGAGAUGGAUGCUGUGAACUGCAGCUGUGUUGUCACAGCUCACUUUGGGGCUCAUCAGGUUCAUUUGGUCGUAAAGUUUCCUGCUCAGUAUCCGAACAAUGCUCCUCCCACUUUUCAGUUUGUCCCACCAACCAACAUCCCCAACUCCAUGAAGUCCAAGAUAUACAAGACCCUCACUGACACGUCUCUACAGAAAGUAAAGAGGAACCAGAACUGCUUAGAGCCCUGUAUCAGACAGCUGGUCUCCUGUCUCGAGUCCGAUAUGGAGGAUGGUACUCCUCCUUUUGUUCCUCCAGCUCUCCCGGUGUUUCCUCGAGUCACUAACACCUACGGCUCCUACCAGGACGCUAACAUCCCGUUCCCACGUACAUCUGGCGCUCGUUUCUGUGGCACUGGCUGUCUGGUGUAUUUCACUCGACCAAUCACAAUGCACCGUUCUGUCCCUGCCACUGAGCCCACCCCCAGGUCCCUGUCUGCGCUGUCGGCAUACCACUCCAGUGUCCUGACCCCGAUGAAGAUGCGCUCAGAGUCCCAGAGGUUGUACAGCAGCAGCCCCACGCGCUCAGACAAGGAAACUGUCUCUAUAUCCUCCUUCUACUACAAAGAGCGGAAGCUCCCCCUCUCUGCGUCGCGCCGCUGGUCUGUUCAAACCCUUCACGAUUGGCCGAAAUCCAGACGUUUCAAAACCAAACGAGAGGCUUCUGAGUUUUCCAACCGUCCCAUCAAACUGGCUGGAAAAGUCAUCAUCCAAGACAUCUCCUGUUUACUGCCGGUGCACAAGGCUCUGGGCGAAAGCUACAUUCUUAACGUGGAUGACAUCCAGGAAACAUGUCAGAAAAAUGCAGCUGCAGCUCUCGCUGUCGGACGAAGAGACGUGGCAAAGGUUUGGGCUUUAGCAUCUGCAGCCACCAGUCAAGACCUGAGUCCAGAUUCAGACCCCGACUCAGAGACACCUUGGGCCAGACAUCCUUUUGGGCGCCACCUGCUGGAGACGCUACUAGCCCACUACAGUCAAAUGAGCGAUGUGCAGACGUUGGCGAUGCUCUGCAGUGUUUUCAGAUCUCAGUCUGUUCCUGUGGACUCCUUCUCUCUGUACGGAGGACACCACUCCACACGGUCCUGCUUCCCUCCUCAUUCACGAUAUCCAAGUGGUACAUCCAGUUCUCUCACUUCAGGCUCCUACUCCAGUAACUCAGACUCAGUCCCCACCAACAUCUAUAACCCAGGCAGAGACCAGGAGCACCUGAAUCCUUGGGGUGAGCCUUCUCCAGAUGAAUAUCGCUUCAGUUCUCAGAGUUUCACAGAUCCACGAGAGCGAGAGAGAGAGCAGCACGACAUGAACAAAAAGCUGCUUGAUCCCUCAAACACACUGCAGUUUGAUGAGUUUAAAAAAUGUUAUGGAGAGAUCUUGUACCGCUGGGAUCUGAGAGAGAAGAGAGCCGAUGUACUCAAGUUUGCCUCAUGUCCUCCCGAGCCACACAGAGGCAUAGAGUUCGGAGUGUACUGCUGUCACUGCCGGAGCCAGGCGCGUGGGACCCAGUGUGCCGUGUGCAAACGCCUGACGUUUCAGUGUGCUGUGUGCCAUGUGGCAGUGCGCGGCUCCUCAAACUUUUGCCUGAGCUGUGGGCACGGGGGGCACACCAGCCACAUGCUCGCCUGGUUUAGGAGCCAAGAUGAAUGCCCUGCAGGAUGUGGAUGCUACUGUCUGCUGCAGAGCACGUACUGAGGCAGAGAGGGAGAACAGGAAGGAUGAAGGCAGGCCAUAGGAGGUUUAGACUGGACUAUAGUGUCUAGUUUCACUUUAAAUCCACAUAUGGAGACUUGUAAACACCCAAACUUCACCCACAACCACAGCUCAAACAGCUGCUAACUUGGGCUGUACCUUGAGGACAAAAGGAAAGAGUAAGAGCAGAGGAUGUUUGUACUCAGAAACCCCUGGGUUUAAUUAGGCUAGUCAUGAAUGAUGUUAUGUAGUAUUUGCAAUCGCAGUGGUCACUGGAGACACCAGUUAUUCCAUUUUUGGACACAAAACUGCAAAUUUACCUACCGGUAGUUUGCACCAAAAAAUAGGCACUGCAAAAAUGACUAGGAACAGUAGACAGUGCUAUUAAAACACCAUAUACAGUUUAGUCACAAAAAGUUGAUUUAGUGUUUAGUUCGACUUUAAUAAGGAUUUAUAUUUGGUUGAUUUUAAAAGUGCAUUAAUCAUUUAAAAAUGGGGAAAGGCCCUGUGGAGGUUUGAAUUAAAAAUGCUACUUCAAAAAGUGGUGACUUUAUUCAUUCAUAAAUAUGUGACAGUAGAAAAGGUUUCAGAGGUAGUCAUCUGAACACUUAUUUUGAAAUAAGCCAUUUUCAUUUUGAUUGUAAUAGUUUGAGAUACUAGGCUUUAUACUGCAUUGAUUUGUGUCACACCAGUACCAUCAAAUUGAAAAUAGCUUCUGGAUGGGAGCUGAAACAUCUUUAAACCAACCAAAAUCAUUUUCUACCUUGGAUCACUCCUGGAUGACUGAGGGAUCACACCGUCUCAUUGUUCAUUUGGGGAUAUUCAAGAUUCAUAUUGCUGUAAUAUCUGAGGAUUGAUCAAGAUGGAUUGCUGAAUUAAAUUAUUAUGAGUUUUACAAGAAACAAUUUUUAAAAGAAGUCUUCAAAUGCAAUAACUGCCAUGGACACUUGAGACUUCUGACGCCAAGAAUUCACAUUACUUUGCUGCUCAUCCACUGCACUGUCCAGAUUAUGUAAAACGGAAAGGUGAAAAUGUGUGUUACGGCAUGAGUAAAACUACUCAAUAACACAUUAACUGUAUAGUAAAUAACUUAUAUUUUAAUAUCCAAAUGUUCUGUGUUUUGGAAAAGAGGAUUAUCAAGGAUUGAUCUAACUGCCUAAUUUCUCUGAUUUAAGUAAUCUGAAUGGUUUAUUGAAGGGAUUUUUGUGUUGAUUUAAGUUGAGUGGCCUUAAAACUUGACUGUUUGAGACUUGAAGUACUUGAAUGUACAAUACACUUUGUGAAUAAAGUAUUAGUAGAGUAGUUGCACAAGCUACUUUACUACUUAAUAAUAACAAA